CUUGUGUCCAUUUGUUAUAAUAUAUAUAUAUAUAUAUUGGUAGAGCUCUGCUGUUGAUAGCCAUGUUCUUGACAGUCGACCAUAGCUUUCUUUAGAAUGGAAGACUCCAUGGAAAACAGUCCUUCCCGCAGUUUGCAAUUUGUCGUUUUAGGGACACACGCACAAAAAGCUGGUUUUGGCAGGUUCAAACAUUUUGUUGGCUACCUCAGCCUCAGCUUUGCUCUUUCCCAACUUCCCUUCCUCCACAUUCUGAACACAUUGAAGGGUUGAUGAAAGCAUCGCAUUUGUCACCCAGGGUAGACCAUCCUCACCCGGAUUCCGUCCUCUUACCCCCCACCCCAACGUCACUUUACAACUACCCGUUAUCCCCAGCUACCCCCGACCUACCGCCACCACUGCCACCUCCUCAUGUGAAUCUAAGCGCAAGCCAAAAGGAAUCGUGGAAUCGGUUGAAUUCCAAUUCCAAUGCUGUGUAUCAUUCACCGCCAGUCCCUUCAAAUAGAAUCGAAAAAUCACACUUUCCCGACUUCCGUUUACCGCCUCCUUCGCCCGUGCGGACAGGACAGGCCCCUUCACGUGGCCAGCAAGGUUGGGAACAGCAGUAUGGUUUAUAUACCCCUCAAACUACUCAGCAGCACAAUGGGCAUCGGCAGUCGGCACCUUCAAACUACUUCCCAAGACAGCAGCAGUAUGAAGUUCGGGGCUCUUUGCCCUCCGAGCGCUAUGAUCGACGUUCCCUUGUCAUGCCAGGCGAUAGACAACCUCAACUACCCAAAACUCGAUCACAGCCCUAUAUAGCCCCGCCAUACGACCGAUAUCAGAACGACUCUCAACGAUCCAGCCUACCCAGCACUACUAGAACCUACCCCAUUGCCAGUGUCCCUGAGCUUAAGUAUUCAGACGUGCCGGCCAUGAAGCGUAAGUCAUGACUGAAAAACGAAGGUCUCAUUUUUUUUAUUUUUUUUGAAACAUGAUGGAGACUAAC